AUGAGCCGCCCGGCACAGUUGGGCGAUCUUGUGACACUGUUGGACACGGGCGGCGACCUUGCUAUGUACGGCUGCACCGAUCCCGACUAUGUUACUGUGGGUGUUUGGGUGUUGCAGGACUAUGAUGCACAGACCUGGGGGUUCCGAUACCGGAUUAACUUGUUAGCGAUGGAGGCAUCUCCACCGCUUAAGUUGUGGAAAUCUAUCCCUAGGCUGGCUGUGAUCAACGAGCGUGAGCUGUUGAUGGCGCAGCGUCCUCGCCGUCUACUGCAUUGUGACAUCGAUGGUGUGUUCUUAGGGAAUGUAGAAAGCAAAGAGCAUGAGAACCGCUCGACACUUUCUAGGCACCGCUUCCAAGAGAGCAUGGUUUUAGUCCCAUUGUUUGACGUGCAAGCAGAAGAAGAUGCUGUGAGCAACGAGCCUCCUCCAUUCGUCAUGUUUCAAACACUGAUAAUUCCUUUCCGAGAGUUUAUGGCAUUUAGUUGUUCAAAUGCGAGGCUGACGAGGGAGCAGCGGGAGCUGCAUCGGUUCCGGAACGUGCUGCGGAAGGACGACUUCAUAUGCCUCGAGAGGGUCAAGGGCCAGCUCGUCAACAUCCUCGCCGGCCUGGAGCUCCACGCCGGCGUGUUCAGCACCGCCGAGCAGAAGCGCAUCGUCGACUGCGUCUACGGCCUGCAGGAGAUGGGAAAGCGCGGGGAGCUUGGAGAUCGUACAUAUACAGAACCUGAGAAAUGGAUGCGUGGUAAAGGGCGGGUAACAAUUCAAUUUGGAUGCUGUUAUAACUAUGCUACGGACAGGAAAGGAAAUCCACCAGGCAUCAUUCGAACUUUUGUUUCUGAUCCGAUCCCUGAACUAUUUAAGGUCAUGAUCAAGAGAUUGGUAAGGUGGCGUAUUCUGCCAACGGAUUGUGUGCCAGACAGUUGCAUUGUCAACAUGUAUGACCCUGGAGAUUGCAUUCCACCACAUAUAGACAGCCAUGAUUUUGUUCGACCAUUUUGUACUGUUUCAUUCCUCAGUGAAUGCGACAUACUUUUUGGGUCUAGUCUGAAAAUCGCUGGUCCUGGAGAAUUUACGGGCUCAUUUGCAAUUCCUCUGCCUGUUGGGUCUGUGCUCGUCAUAAAUGGCAAUGGUGCUGAUGUUGCAAAGCAUUGUGUUCCAGCGGUACCAUCCAAAAGGAUAUCCAUUACCUUCAGAAAAAUGGAUCCUGCAAAGCGUCCGUUCAGUUUCAAGGAUGACCCUGAACUGCUGAACAUCACUCCUCUCGAAGCACCAGCUGCACCCGAAACUAGCAGAUCCUCGGAUGAAGGCAAGGGGAAGCAGCUUGGCGUACAAACUCGGGAUCCAGGCAGCAGAUCAUCCAGAAGCAGGAAAUCCAAAGGAAGAACGACACCUGCUGGAAAGGUUGGAUGGGGGGGCAUUCUUGGAGACCAACCUCCACAGCACCCACAGAGCCCUAUCUCCAGUGUGAGCUCUGACAGAGAGAGGGACUCCAUUGGGUGGUCGAGAGAGCCAAGAUAUCCACCGAGUUCUGACAGAGAAAGGGACUCCGUUGAGAGGCCGAGAGAGCCAAGAUAUCCGCGUGACGCGCCAUCUCAUGGCGAGGACCUCAGAGACCGGCUGAACAGGCCGCCUCAUGAGAGGACGCCUGGCAGCGGCGCGUUCUUCGUCAACAACGGCGCGGACUCCCAGGCCAGGGGGCAGCGGAUGGAGCACAGGCAGCUACAGAUGAUCAACCGCACCAUCAACGACGACAUGGACUCCCUCUCCGUCGGGAGCCACGAGUCCUCCGAGCAGCCCCGUGUCAGCGUGCGGACCAUACACAACAGACCAAGGACCAGAAUAAACCUGGGCUGGUAGCCAGCCAUAUCAUGUGUGACCGACCGUGUCUGUACUCAAAAUCUUGGGAUGCAAUGUCGGAAAAGUUUAUCGAUACCUGGAAACUGGAAAGGGGAAGUUGAGAUGUACAUUUCAGGAACUGAAUUCACUGAUAGAUACUGUAGUCAGGAGCCUAUUGUGUAGAUAAUCAGAGCUGUUAUUUUUUCCUGGAAUGCUGUAAUUGUGUCUUGGUGUGGAUGUUGUGUUGCGUUGGCGCGAUUAUUGAUGACUGAAUAAUAUUGGCUGGGUGUAGGGCAGGAGUUUUUCCUGGAAUUAAUAUGCUGUGAUUGUGUCUUCA